AUGGCCGAGGUGACCACUGCCCCCACUGAGCCCCACACGCUCCUGAACGAGUACAGGGAUUACCACAACUGGUCGGAGCUGUUCCACCUCCUCAACUACACCUACAGCUUCUGCGAGUUCAGCCUGGAUGAGAACGUCAAGCGGGUGAUCCUCUUCAUCCUCUACCUCAUCAUCUUCGUGGUGGGCCUGGUGGAGAACCUCCUGGUCAUCUGGGUCAACUGGCAGACCCGGAGCAACAGGAGCCUGGUCAACCUCUACAUCCUCAACAUGGCCAUCGCUGACCUGGGAGUGCUGCUGUCGCUGCCCAUCUGGAUGCUGGAGGUGAUGCUGGAUUACACCUGGCUCUGGGGCAGCUUCCUCUGCCGCUUCACUCACUACUUCUACUUUGCCAACAUGUACGCCAGCAUCUUCCUCCUCACCUGCCUGAGCGUGGACCGCUACGUGUCCCUCACCAGCUCCUCCCUCUUCUGGCGCAAGCACCAGCACCGCGCACGCCGCAUCAUCUGCGCCUGCUCCUGGCUCUUGGCAGCAGUGAUCCCGGUGCUGGAGGUCACUCACAUGCAGCUGGUUAACACCGGGGAGCCCAUCUGCAUCUUCAUGGCCCCCUUCGAGACCUACGACGAGUGGGCUCUGGCGCUCAGCUUGGCCACCACCACCAUCGGCUUCCUCAUCCCCUUCCCCAUCAUCACCAUCUUCAAUGUGCUGACAGCCAGGUUCAUCAGGCGCACCAAGCCGGAGAGCAGGAGGCACUGCCUGCUCAUCUACGCCUACAUCCUCGUCUUCCUCAUCAGCUGGCUGCCCUUCCACGUCAUGCUCACGCUGCUCACCCUCGACGGCAGCCACCUGGUCCUGCACUGCACCUUCGCCCAUCUCCUCUACUUCUUCUACGACAUCAUCGACUGCUUCACGCUGCUCCAUUGUGUGGUCAACCCCAUUCUCUAUAACUUCCUCAGCAAGAGCUUCCGCAGUAACCUCGUCUCGGCCGUCGUCAGGUACAUCCCGAAGGAGCCAGGCAGCCAGAAGGGAGCAGGCAGCUCCUCCUCCAGCACACAGCACUCCAUCGUCAUCGCCAAGGACAACGGACCCCCCAACUAACGGGGAUCGGGUCCUCCUGCCCAGCACCGAGGCCGAGGACGUUGGGUCUCCAUUGGUGGUGAGGAGACUCCUUGCUCCUCAACACUUCUGGGCUGGUCACCUCCUGUGCUAUGGGGCAGGGCUGGGUACCAAAGGUGGGCUGGGGGAUGCAGACAUCUUGCUGCAGCCCCUGCCUGUCAUGGGAUCAGAGUCAUAGUCAUGGAAUCAUGGAAUCCUAAUCACGGACUCAUAGAAUCAUAACCAUAGAACCAUCAGCUGGGUUGGAAAGACCUUUAGGUCAAGCCCAACC